GUGGAGGGUGUGUGUGUGAAAACAAACGCCCCUUUGUGGAAAGUUGCUGCAGCCUUUUUUCCUGGGAUGUGUAUCUGUAGGUGCUGAGCAUGUAUUUCUUCCUCUUCUUUGGCAGAGGUUCAAGAGACUGUGUCACUUUUUACAAUGUAACUUAAAAGUAGGUCUGUAAAAAAGACAUAAAAUAGGUCAAGUGCCAUAAAUCUAAGCAGAAGAAGAAAGUAGGGUUCAGAUCUGUAGACUUCAUGCUUGGACCCCUGUCCCUGUUCUCCAGGAUGGAGAUCAUUGGUGCUGGCCAUCAGGACUGCACUGGCAGAUUUAAGCUUGAUACUCAUGAAGAAGGCCAACAUGGGGAAUGAGCCUGUGGGACCGUGUAAAAGCUUAUGAAGUUGCCAGUGCUGCUCUUCUGAAUGGAGACCUUGGGACCCUAGGGAAGAACAGUGACUCAGAGGAUCAUCCAGAAGUAUUGAAUAUUCGAAUACAACUGGAAAGCAGGGAACUAAUCAUAAAUCUGGAAAGAAACGAAGGUCUCAUUGCCAGUGAUUUCACCGAAACCCAUUAUCUGCAAGAUGGUACUGAUGUCUCCCUCACUCGAAAUUACACGGGUCAUUGUUACUACCACGGACAUGUGCGAGGAUAUGAUGGUUCGAUGGUCAGUCUCAGCACGUGUUCUGGUCUCAGGGGACUUAUUAUGUUUGAAGAUGAAAUCUAUAUCUUAGAACCAAUGAAGACGGACACUGAUAGAUACAAACUCUUCCCAGCAAAGAACCUGACAAGAAUCUGGGGGUCGUGUGGGUCUCAUCAUAACACAUCGGGCCUAGCCACAGAUGGCUCAUUCCCAGCCUUCUCUCAGAUGAGGGCAAGAAGGCAUAAAAGAGAGACCCUCCCGAUGACCAAGUAUGUAGAGCUGGUUAUUGUAGCAGACAACAGAGAGUUUCAGAGGCAAGGAAAAGAUCUGGAAAAAGUUAAGCAGCGAUUAAUAGAGAUCGCUAAUCACGUUGACAAGUUUUACAGGCCGCUGAACAUCCGAAUAGUGUUGGUAGGUGUGGAAGUAUGGAAUGACAUUGACAAAUGCUCUAUAAGUCAGGACCCAUUUAGCAGCCUCCAUGAGUUUCUGGACUGGAGAAAGAUGAAGCUUCUACCUCGCAAAUCCCACGACAAUGCACAGCUCAUCAGUGGGAUUUAUUUUCAAGGGACCACCAUUGGCAUGGCACCAAUCAUGAGCAUGUGCACUGCAGAACAGUCUGGAGGAGUUGUCAUGGAUCAUUCAGACAGCCCCCUUGGUGCGGCCGUGACCCUGGCUCAUGAGCUGGGACACAAUUUCGGGAUGAACCAUGACACACCAGAGAGGGGCUGCAGCUGCAAAUUGGCUGCCGAUAAAGGAGGCUGCAUCAUGAACCCUUCCACCGGGUACCCUUUCCCCAUGGUCUUCAGCAGCUGCAGCAGGAAGGACCUGGAGACCAGCCUGGAGAAAGGGAUGGGAAUGUGCCUCUUCAACCUGCCUGAAGUCAAGCAGGCUUUUGGGGGCCCGAAGUGUGGGAAUGGAUACGUUGAAGAAGGAGAAGAGUGUGACUGUGGGGAGCAGGAGGAAUGUACAAAUCGCUGCUGCAAUGCUACCACCUGCACCCUGAAAUCAGAUGCCGUAUGUGCACACGGUCUGUGCUGUGAAGACUGUCAGCUGAAGCCUGCAGGAACUGCAUGCAGGGGCUCCAGCAACUCCUGUGACCUCCCAGAGUUCUGCACGGGAGCAGGACCUCACUGCCCAGCCAAUGUUUACCUGCACGACGGCCACCCGUGUCAGGGGGUGGAUGGCUACUGCUACAACGGCAUCUGCCAGACCCACGAGCAGCAGUGCAUCACACUAUGGGGACCCGGUGCUAAACCUGCCCCUGGGAUCUGCUUUGAAAGAGUCAACUCAGCAGGUGAUCCUUAUGGCAACUGUGGCAAAGAUUCCAAGAGUUCCUUUGCCAAAUGUGAGACAAGAGAUGCUAAAUGUGGAAAAAUCCAGUGUCAAGGAGGUGCCAGCCGACCAGUCAUUGGUACCAAUGCCGUUUCCAUAGAAACAAAUAUCCCACUGCAGGAAGGAGGUCGGAUUCUAUGCCGAGGGACCCAUGUGUACUUGGGUGAUGACAUGCCCGACCCAGGGCUUGUGCUUGCAGGGACAAAAUGUGCGGAUGGAAAAAUCUGCCUCAAUCGUCGCUGUCAAAACGUUAGUGUCUUCGGCGUCCAUGAAUGUGCAAUGCAGUGCCAUGGCCGAGGAGUGUGCAACAACAGGAAGCACUGCCACUGCGAGGCCCACUGGGCACCUCCCUUCUGUGACAAGUUUGGCUUUGGAGGAAGCACGGACAGCGGCCCCAUCAGACAAGCGGAUAACCAAGGCUUAACUAUAGGAAUUCUGGUGACCAUCCUAUGUCUCCUUGCUGCUGGAUGUAUGGUUUAUCUCAAAAGGAAGACCUGGAUACGACUGCUCUUUACAAAUAAAAAAACAACCAUAGAGAAGCUAAGGUGUGUGCGCUCUUCCCGACCAACCAGUGGCUCCCAUCCUGGCCAGACUCACCUCAUCCGCCAUGGAAAGGGCCUGACAAGUAGGCCACCACAUUCCAACACAGCCAAGGACAGGAGACCACCACAGUGUCUGAAUGUGGACAUCAGCAGACCCCUCGGCACCCUUGCCAUGCCUCAGCCCCAGUCACCCCAGCGAGUGCUCCCACCCCUCCACCAGACCCCUCAGGUACCAAGUGGCCCUGCCAGGCCCCUGCCAACCAAUCCUGCACUGAGGCAGGCCCAGGGGAUUUAUAAGCCAAACCCUCCUCAGAAGCCUCUGCCCGCCAAUCCUUUGAGCAGGACAACGCGGCUCUCUAACGCCAGCGUGAAGACGCCGGGACAGCAGGAGCCUGGGUUUCGCAGAGCACCCACUAGACCUGCUCCUAAAUAUCCACACCAAGUGCCCAGAUCCACGCAUACUGCCUACAUUAAGUGAGAAGCAAGUUGAUGCCUUUUUUUUUCAACAGUGAAGACAGAAGUUUGCACUAUCUUUCAACUCCAGUUGGAGUGAUUUUUUUUUUUUUUGUACCAACUUUUAGAAUUUUUUACAUUUUAAAAAAACCAUGAUUUCAAGAACUUUGAGCUACUGCCAUCGGUGCUGUGCUGUGCUAUGGUGCUCUGUACACUUGCUCAGGAACUUGUAAAUUAUUAUUUAUGCAGAAUGUUUGUUACAGUGCAGUGCGCUGUAGUAGACAUUUUUACCAUCACUGAGUUUUCCAUGGAAGGAAGGCUUGUGCUUUUAAUAUUUCAGUGAACUUGAAAUAUCCUGUUUGAUGGGAUUCUGGACAAGAUGUUUACUUUCUGAUCAAGGCUUUAUUGGGAAACAGUCUCGCAGAUGCCCUCAGCUGUGAUUAUGGUACCUGACACAGCUCAGGAGAGCCCAGGUAGAACCUCGAGUGAUUUUCUGGAUUCCUAGCUUGGGCCAGAGGUGGGAGCUGCAAGCCCAGGCUGAACUUGGCCUUCAAGGAGGUCCUAGGGCCUGGCAAGCUGACAGAUCGCUAGGACAAGAGGGAAGGAUCUGGUUUCUGGCCAGGAAGCUUUGGAGAGAAAAUGGGUUGCAGACAGGAACUUUGAGAUGUGGCCCCACCAGGAUAGAGACUGGAAUGCCAGGCCAGGCUGAAACUUGACCUUGAGCUGACCAGCCAUGAGCACAUUUGGACAGCAGACAAGGAAGAGAUCUGUAGUAUUGCUCACAGUUUUGCUAUAUAGAAACAUGAAGAACUUUUUCUGGCGGUCCUUUAAAGAGUGCCGGCAUUGGCACAUUAUUUAGAUUGGGAAUGGUGGUGUUUCUACAAGGAAGCCACUGCAAACCUCCAUCUCCCUGUACUGUUUGGAGCUAAGCAAAUUACCACAUUAUCUUCUCAACUGAAAUACAAUGAAUGACCUUGUGUUCAGACAGACAGAUGAGGCUUUCCACGGGACCAUAAUGAUUUACAGAUGUAAAGUAAUAACCAGAUCUAGCCAAUCAAUUCUUUAGAUAAAAUUCUCCUUUCACUGAAAGGUUCAACUUAUUAAAAAUGAGAAUCCCUAUGCUGGCAAAAACUACAACAAAAUGAAAUGCUAUUAUCAUGGUACCGCCUAAGUCUACUAUACUUAUCAAUACAUAUGGGACAAAGGACUCUGAAGUUCUCUAUAGUGCAUCUUAGAGUGUGAAGCCUAAACAUUUACAAUCUACCUGUUGAGCAUUGCAGAAUGUGAAAAAGAAAUCAAUUUCCUGACCUUACAUAUUCAUACAAAGCAGGGUUAAGCAAGUAGCCCCUUCAUUUUACUCUGCCAGUAUCUGACUGGGGAGCCAUUUUCAUAAGAUCGAUAAGAUGCCUAAAUCCAAAGGCAUGAAAAAUGUAAAAAUAGUUAGAUAAUGCAAAAUGCCAUUCUGCCUCUCGCUGUCUGCGGGUGAGGUCUUGUACAACUAGUUUUCACAUUAGAAGGUAAUUGACAAUAGUUCUAUAAUUCACUCUGAGUGUUUUAUGAUAAGACUUUAGGAGUCAUUUCAAUGGUUUUCCUAUGCCUUGAAGCAGAAAGAAAAAUACAUACCAAGAAUCUUGGUUUGCCUUCCAAAAAUCAAAACUGCAUUUAACUUUGCCCAUGCUCCACACUGUAUCCAGGCGACAUAGUAUUCAUAACGGGAUAAAUGAGUCCAUAUCAUAAACACACAUGAAAGGGAACCCAGCUCUGAUACAUUCCAACUCUUAUAGCAUGCAUCUGUUUAUUAUAUAAUUAUUCUCUUAAAAAUGUAAAGCCAUGUUAGAUGAUAUUACUGCUGAUGAGAUACAUACAGAAUUACUGUAACUAGUGUUACAUUUGGCAAUUGUAUUAAGGCCAAAACAUAUAAUAUUGAAAAGGUUUACAGUUUUUUAUGGUGCAUUGUGUGGGCCUUGUCUUUCUAGAUGCCCAAAUCCUUAGAUUUGACAUCUUAGUCCCUUCUAUUGUGAAUAGAGGAAGGAAAAGAAUGAACUUUUGUUGUUGUUCUUUCUUAACUGUAAGUCCUGUGCUUUUAAAGAACCAGGAAAAGUUUGAUAUUAAAGGAGGUUAAAACUGUGACCCUAUGUCAUGUCCUCAGUGGCCACUUAGGGACUGUGGCUGGUGACAUAUUCUUAUCUCUACAAUACUUAAUAGCUUUUACAGAGCCAUGCAGUUUAUUUCUGAAUAAGAACAUAUUGAAACCUAAUAUUCCCUUAUAAUACACAGAUACUAAGGAGAACUUCUAAGAAGCAGUAUUUAUCAAAUAAAGCAUAUAUAGCAAUAACUUCCAUUUUAAUGUAACUUAGGAGCCAGUAACCAGGGUGGUAGUUUUUUUUGGGGGGGGGCUAAUUUUCUCCUUUUUUAUAUAUUCAUAAAUAAUGGAACAAAAGUUAAUACAUUUCAGUGGCAAUCUGACAAUGCUUUUAUAUUUUUAAAAAACUUUUUUAUGCAUGAAUAGUUGAUUUGAGUAUUGUAAGAGCAUCACUGAGAAAGCUCAGACUCUAGACACAAAGGAGGCCUAAAGGCCACUCACGUUUUUUCAUACAUCUAAUAGCUGUAGGUUAUAUGACCCUAACUUUAUGGGGAAGUAUAUGGCUAAUCUUCCAGGCAUUCCAUUAAAAGCAUAUCUCCUGAAAUGUUUUUAACAGUUUGUUUUCCUGACACAUGGAAUCAGACAUGUGUAGCAACCAAGAGAAACAAGGCAUAACAUUUUCCAUUGUUGAAAUAUGCAUGCAGAGGUUACACUGCCCAGUAUGAAUUUUCCAGCUUACACAUGUGGAAUGACAUCACAAAAACCACAACAGCAACAAAAUAAACUAUAU